AUGGAGGAAGCUAACAACGAAAUAAGUCAGUUGCAAAAGCAGAGGAGAAUGCGAAAUUGCCGCAAGAAACGGAGGAGACAAGAGCGAGCGUUAGCCAACCGCAUGGUUAAUGAAGAGGUUUUAGCGCAGAAAAUAAGCGGAGCCGUGAAGGAGCAGAAAGCACUCGCUGAGAAAUAUUAUACCAAGUGGAAAAACAUUUCUAAAGAAGCAAACGAACUUCGACGUAAAAUACCGGCACAAAGUCGCAAGAGAAAGGUAUGAUUUUGCUUCAAGAAUAGUUGGAAUGUGAUAUAUUUUGGAUACAGUAAUAUAUUUAUUAUAGACCUAGCCCUAAGCCCAGGACACCCCCACUCUAAUACUGCACCCCCUGUAUACUUCACAUACAGGUAUACUGCUGUAAAUAGAUUUAUUAAAUAUCAUUGAAGUUCAUGCUAGUUAAAUCAAUAAGUUCUCUUCUCUAUUGUACAAUUAAGCAUCCUCUCCAAUAAAUUCCCACUCAAAUGUGCCAAGGGAGGGGGGGGGGGAUGGUUAUUACAUGAUUUGUGGUGCUGUGUAACCCAUCAAAUCAUGUGGCGACACCUAGACUACAGUACAUAAAGUAAAGGUAAAGCUAAAAAUAUUUUACAACAUUUAUUAUUGAAAAUAUCAAGUGUCGGAUAUUAAAUAUUGACUGAGACCAGUGAUUCUGAAAGGAAACAGUAUGUUUUGCUGACUGAGGCAUACAGUGUUUGACAAAACAUGCUGUUUCCCAAACAACAACAAUAACAACAACAUCAGUCAAUAAUAUUUCAUUAUACUUGCCAAGUGUAAAAAUUGUCCAAAUCAUUGAAACAAACUAUAUACAUGCCCUCAUGGUUUUUGCCAGGAUUAGCAACAUUCAUGCAGUAGCUGUUAUCGUAAUUGAAUACGCCGCUGCAGCGAACCAGCGGUAUCUCAGUGGAAGUACGCACGAAAACCGAAAACGAGGCUAAAGGGUCAAAAAACAAAAAACAUGACCCUAUAGCCUCGUCUCCAUGUCAAAAUAAUGCAGAUACCGCUGGUCCGUAGCAUAGACGUGUUCAAUUACAAUAACAGCUAUUUUGGCAAAUGUCAACAUCACUAGUACUGUUAUACCUUAAUACACCCUUCCGGAAUGUGCAGAACAUCAUUGGCUAUAGAGUACAGAAUCUCGUUUUCAGGUAUAUGAUGUAAAACCUAGCAUCUCAACCAUGAAAACAUGGCUCUGUAGCCAAGACGAUGUACUUUCUGGAAGCAUGUAUUGUGCUCACCACCAUAUAAUAACUUAUACCAAUAAAUAUUGAGAGGGAUUAAAAGUACAAUACCAGAUUUACUAUUUGUUGGCUACAUUAAUUUUUACAUAGAAAUUUAAUUCUAUUACUAAUGUUAUAGGUUUUAAUGGAUACUGCUGCAACUGGUAAUGCCUCACUAACCAAAAUGAGUACUGCUUCAGUAAAACAAAUUAGGCCAUGUGAGUUGUUGCCAUUGGAAGUAAAUAACUCAGCCACUAUUCCUGUUGGCUCUGGAACCUAUGGGGAUUGUUUUCUUAAAACGUUUAAGAGAUUUGGGAUUACUGUUGUUGAGAAGAAGCUGACAACAUCUGAUUUAAAAGCAGUUAUGAAUGAGGCACAAUAUAUGAAUACACUAACUCAUGCAUCUAUUCCCUAUUUAUUAGGGGUCCAAAUUGAAGAAAAACCUUUCUCUUUAGUUAUGCAGUUUGUUGGUGAUGAGAAUUUGGAAUCAGUAACAAUUCAUAAGUUGUUGCACCAAACCAUACCAAAACAUUUGUUACUUUCCGCAAAUGAGUGGAUCUCAGUUUUACUUGACAUUGCAGAAGCUCUUUUUCAUGUUCACAUCAAGGGUUUUUUGCACUGUGAUGUCAAGUCAAACAAUGUUCUUGUUACAGAAAAGAAAGGUUUUCUGAUAGACUUUGGUAAGGCUUGCUUAAUUUCUAGGCCAAAAGCUCGAAAGUACACUUCUUUUUACAACCAUAUUGCCACAGAAGUUUUGCGAGGUCAGCCUGAGAGUGCAUCCAGUGACGUUUUUUCGUUUGGGGUAAUAAUAUAUACCAUUGAAAAGAAAUUGCCAAACGCCUGUCUGGAAUCCUUAGGAAGGCAUUGCAAAGAUGCCAAGCCAGCAUCGAGACCAACUAUGCCAGAAGUAAUGAGAAUCUUGAAGGAAAUGUACAAUGAAGGCUGUAAUUUUGCCAGCACCUGCACCUAUAUACACAAAUUGCAGAAAUUAAGACGUUAUAACAAACCUGAAUUGCCUGGCAUUAUACAGAGUAAAAUAGCAGGGCCGGGUGCAUUAGUAGUAUAGGGAAAGAAAAGAAUUACGGGCUUCACCCCAAAACACGGAACUCAUAAACAAAUACUUACACGUCUUACCAGUCAUGGAAACCAAGUUACUGCACGAACAGACCAACAUCAAACAACAGCUGAAGAACAUCGAGCGGCAACACGUUCAUAAGAAUGGUACACUACUAACAACGAAAAGCUUGUUAAAAGAUCCAACUUCGAAACUGCUGAUGGACAAAUUAAAAUACUGUAAAGCCCUAACGUAUCAGUGGAAAGUAGAAAGAAAAUGA